CAUCACUGUCUCCAGUCUCUCCUGCAAGUUGCUCUGAGGAGUUGUCAGAACCGUGUGAACUAACUCUCUUUCUGGGAGACCAGUUCUUUCUCUGGCUGGCUCCAGGCUCCAACCUUUUCCUUCUCCCAGCAUUCCUUGGGUAAUUCCAAUUCCUCGGAGUCCAUUGCUUCAGUAGUCUGAUGGGCAAAGAGGGCAGCAGAGGCAUCUUUAGGACACCUUCACUCCUGCCAAGAAGUUCCCCGCUGACUCCCCCGCUCUCUUCCAGCCCCCCGAACCUCCAGUACACCUCCAAGAACCACUGCCGCUACAACUUCUGCACGCACCCAAAAUGACGCAACAGAAGGCAAUGGGAUGAAGAACAAGAGUGGCCUGGAUCUGCAAACCACAAUUGGGUUGGCAGUGGCUGCUGCUGGGUUCCUGGCUGGGGUUUUGGGAUUGAUAGUGUUCCUCAGGUGGAAAAGAAGACAAGGCCAGAGGACUAAAACUGAAACCCCAUCCAGGAAGCCAUUGGAAACCAGUGAGAAAUGUGAGAGUGCUGGCCAUGAAGGGCAAUGUAUGGACCCCAAAGAGAACUCCAAGGAUAAUAACAUUGUGUAUGCCUCCAUCUCCCUCUCAAGUCCAACCUCACCAGGAACAGCUCCCAGCCUACCUAUCCACGGGAACCACCAGGAAGAGACUGUGUACUCCAUCAUAAAGGCUAAAUGAGUGGGUCUAAGUGAUGCUCUUAGUCACCUUUGUUUCUAGUGGGAAGACUCCCAGCCUCCACUGAUACCACAGGCAGACACAGAAAUUCAUUCGUCAGAGAGUCUGACCACAGAGAAAGUUCCAGUUCCCUUUCUAACUUCCUAGGCCUUUCUCACAAAAAUAAAAAGAUCCACAGAAUCUGCCUAAAUGAAUCUAAGGAGAGAACUGAUGAGACCCUUGACUUCUGGCCCUCUAAGGACCCUCCUCUAUCACUUUUUCUAGCAGCGAUCCUAAAUGCUGGCAGGCAGACUCCAUGACAUGCACCCAGAUCAGUGAGUGUAAUAACCAGCUGGUUCCCAUGUCCCACUGCACUGGACAUCAGCCCAAACCCUAGAUAGAUAUGUGAGACAUGGAACUAAAAUAAACACCAGGUGGCUAAGGCAUUUGCCUAAGGCCAUGUAGCUCCCAGGAAAUAGCUCAAACCCAGACAUACUUUUCUGGAGGUUCCCCCAACUCUGGCUCUCACUGCUGUCCCCAGCUUCCUAUAGCCUCCAGAGAAGGCAGUUAGCCAUAGCAACACACACACACACACCAGCGCAGCAGUAAUGCCAGAGACCUGCUUUAUUAACACAGGCUGCAGGGCUGACUUGAACUGUUGAGCAGGUCAGCAUCCUCAACAGUUAACAGCUGCUCAGGAAGGCUGAGAGGCUCUCCGCGGCAGACAACAGCUGGGGGACCAGAGUACUCUACUCCUCAAAGAGGGCCGCCAGGAGCUCCUCUGAGCUGCCCCUCUGCUGCAACUCCCCUCUCUCUUCCGGCUCUCCAAUGUCUUCCAUGAGUUGCUCAAAGUCCAGGUCACUGGAACCAUCGUCAUCAGGAGGGAAACUUGCUGCCUCCUGUGUCAGGAGCACCUGGGGCCCAAGCCCUUCCUUUCCCAAUGGACAGGCCCCAUGCUGAGCUGGUGGGGUAGAGCACUUGGACACAAUUUUAAUUUCUUUCUCCUCAGAUAAGUUGAUGACUGAAGCCUUGUUUUCAGGAGCUUUAAAUUUCUUCUUAGGGCCUAAAGGGAAUAAGGGACAAAGUUAAGAGUCAACUUACCCUGACUUUUUACACCAGAUGUCUGAAUUCUUGUUUAAAACAUAUGAAAGAAUAAUCUUUAUCAAAAUAUGGGACAUGGGCUUUCAGGACACACUUGGAUUCUAGGCUUGUGUCAGCUGUGUGUUCAACAUGGAUGAUCAAUACAUCUGAAACCUGAGCCUCA